AUUGGGGGGUUCCAGUGCAAGGAGGCUGAACCUCUCCCUGAUGAUUUGGAGGAAUUCAUGCAGAGUUCUGGAGAACAUGGGGUUGUGAUCAUGUCUCUGGGAUCACUGGUGUCAGCUCUGCCUUCAAAUAUCACUGAAGCCAUCGCUGCUGCAUUUGCUGAGCUCCCUCAGAAGGUGAUUUGGCGGACUUUAGGUGACGAACCUUCAUCUCUAGGAAAUAACACCCGGCUAGUAGAAUGGUUUCCCCAAAAGGACCUUUUAGGACACCCUAAGACCCGUCUCUUUGUAGCCCAUGGGGGAACCAAUGGAAUGUAUGAAGCCAUCUAUUACGGUGUUCCUGUUCUAGGCUUACCCCUCUUGUUUGAUCAAUUUGAUAACUUACUUAGACUGAAGGUGCGCGGUGCAGCUCGAGUGGAAGAGGUCAGGACUCUGACUAAAGACAGUUUCCUGGAGGCUCUGAAGGACAUCUUAGAGAAUCCAUCUUACCGUAACAACAUCCAACAUCUUUCUCAGCUACACCGUGACCGACCAAUGUCUCCAAUGGACACUGCCAUCUUCUGGAUAGAGUAUGUCAUCAGGAACAAAGGAGCUGCUCACCUGAAGCCAGCAGGUUUCAGUCUGCCUUGGUAUUCCUACUUCUGUUUGGAUGUUGCAGCCUUUCUUUUGGCCAUAACCGGAACCUUCAUCAUGGGUUCGGUCUUUGUCUUCAGGUUUUUCUGUUGCAGGAAAUCCAACAAGAAAUUAAAAGCAGAGUAA